AUGGCUUUUACAUUGUAUAGUUUAAUUGAAGCCGCUUUAUUAUGUAUAAAUGCAAUUGCUAUUUUAAAUGAACAAAGAUUUUUAUCAAAACUUAGUUCCAAUGGACAAUUUGUAUCUGGAUAUGGCAAUGAACCUGGUCCAAAAAUUCAAGCACUUAAUCUAAUUCGAUCUGUUCGAACUGUUAUGAGAAUACCAUUAAUUGCAUUUAAUAUUAUUACCAUUAAAAAAAUUAUGUCAGCUGAAGGUCUUAAUUUAGAAAAAGAUGUUGAUCGAGCAAUUGCUUUAUUAGAAAAAUUGCGUACAAAUAGCGAAAUACCAGAACAAAAAUUAUUAGAAUUACAACGUAUAUUAGAAAGUGACUUUUUUCAUGCUGUAUUAGAAGUUUAUGAAAAAAUAUAUGAAACAGUUCAAAUAAGCGGAUCACCCGAUGUAAGAGCAAAUGCAACAGCAAAAGCAACCGUUGCAGCAUUUGCAGCAUCUGAAGGUCAUUCUCAUCCACGUGUGAUUGAAUUACCUAAAACUCCAGAAGGUCUUGGUUUUAAUGUCAUGGGUGGUCGUGAACAAAAUUCACCAAUUUAUAUCUCACGUGUAAUUCCCAAUGGUGUUGCUUUUAAACAUGGUGGCUUGAAAAAAGGUGAUCAAUUAUUAUCAGUCAAUGGUGUAUCGGUUGAAAAUGAAUAUCAUGAAAAAGCGGUGGAAUUAUUGAAACAAGCACAAGGCAUGGUAAAAUUAGUUGUCCGUUAUAGUCCACAAGUAUUAAUUGAAAUGGAAAAUCGAUUUGAAAAACAACGUACAGCACGAAAGAUAAAGCCAUAA